ACAUUGCGCAGCCGCAUUGCAUACUUCGUAUUAUCGCAUAUACGACACGUAGCUACGCAUAUGGCUAUGCACAUACAGAUAUGUGUAAACUUGAUGAAAGCAGUGUAUUCGCUUUUUACUUCUAUAUUAUUAAUCAUAUAUAGUAGCACUUGGAAGACGAGGAAAACGAUUUUAUUUAUUAUAAAGUGAAAUUUUCAUACGAUAUUUCAGAUUGACAAAUUUGAGAAACAAAUUUGAGAAACAUCUACAAAAUGUGUGGAAUUUGGGCUCUCUUUGGAUUAGACUCACAAUCUUUUGCUCAUGUUUGCAAGACCUUUGAAAAAAUAACACACCGUGGUCCAGAAGCUUUCAGACUUGAAUUUGAUAACAGAGUUAAAAAUGGGUACCUUGGAUUUCAUAGAUUAGCAAUUGUUGAUAGCUUUUGUGGAAUGCAACCAAUGAGACUGUAUGAAUAUCCACAUUUAUUUUUAUUAUGCAAUGGAGAAAUUUAUAAUCACCAGAAGCUUAGCCAAGAUUAUGGAUUUAAACGUGUUACUAAGUGUGAUGUUGAAGUAAUAUUACACUUAUAUGCAACUGGUGGUGCUCAGAAUGUUGCCAAGAUGCUUGAUGGUGUUUUUGCAUUUUGUUUGAUGGACAUUAAAGAAAAAAGAAUUCUUAUUGGUAGAGAUCCAUAUGGUGUUAGGCCUAUUUUCAGAUUAUACUCUGAUGAUGGACAACUUGCAGUUUGUUCUGAAAGCAAGGGAAUUGUAGGAAUUACGAACCAAGUUACAUCAAAAUAUGUAUUGGAACCAUUUCCACCAGGUUAUUAUGAAGAAUAUGAAAUUUUAGAUGAUUACAGAGUAAAAUUGUUGUCAAAAGUUAACUACCACAAAACGGAAGAAAAGCCUAGUUUUCAAGUUUAUACUCCUUGGAAUGAAUUACACAGUACAGAUAUACAUGAAAACAUUAGAAAGUUACUUUCAGCUGCAGUAAAGAAAAGGCUAAUGACAGAUAGGAAAAUAGGUUGUCUAUUAUCAGGUGGUCUUGAUUCAAGUUUAAUUGCAGCUUUACUUGUGAAACAUGCAAAAGAAGCAAAUUUACCAUACAAAAUACAAAGUUUUGCAAUUGGCAUGGGUGAUAGUCCAGAUAUUAUUGCAGCUAGACAGGUUGCAGAUCAUAUAGGAACAGAACAUCAUGAAAUAAUUUUUUCAGAAACAGAUGUAGUUGAAAUAUUGGACAAACUCAUUUAUCAAUUAGAAACAUAUGAUAUCACUACCAUUAGAGCUUCUGUUGGUAUGUAUCUUAUCUCAAGAUACAUUAAACUUAAUACAGAAGCUACUGUAAUAUUCAGUGGAGAAGGUGCAGAUGAACUAGCACAGGGGUAUAUAUAUUUCAGAGAUGCACCUAAUGCAGUGGAAGCUCAUACUGAAUCUAUUCGAUUGUUAAAAGAUAUAUAUUUAUAUGAUGGUUUAAGAGCAGAUAGAACAACUAGUGCAUUUAGCUUAGAACUUCGAGUUCCAUUUUUAGACAUUCAGUUUACAAAUUAUUAUUUAUCACUAGAUGCUGCUUCUAGACAACCACAAGGAGGAAUUGAGAAACAUUUAUUAAGAUCUGCAUUCGAAGGAACGAAUCUCUUACCAUCAAACAUUUUAUGGAGGCAUAAAGAAGCAUUUAGUGAUGGUGUGACGUCGGUUAAAAAAUGUCUCUUUCAAAUCAUAAAUGAUAUCGUAAAUGAUCGAGUAUCGAAUGAAGAUUUGGAAAAAGCUUAUAUGACAUAUCCUCAUUGUACUCCAAAAACCAAGGAAGCAUUUUAUUAUAGAUCCGUGUUCGAGAAGCAUUACGGAGGACAUGCAAAACGUUUUGUACCGUACUUUUGGAUGCCGCGUUGGGUAAAAGGAGUCACUGAUCCAUCUGCAAGAUUUAUUGCUCAUUAUGCAGCAGACAAAAAGAAAUAAUUAUAAAGAAAGUACGAAGGACUAAAUGUACAUAGUUUAUUUUAAUCAUAAAUCUGUAAAAAAGAACAUUUGGUCAUGUUAUAUUUUUCUAAAUAAAAAUAUAC